GGUUCUCUAUAUCAUUUGAAUUUGCACUGAGUUUCCAUCUUCUUCCUCAUACUUGGUCAGUUGUUUCCAUCUCUCUCUCUCUCAAUCAUUUUUACCACCAUUUUGCAAUUCGAUCGUAUCUCCAUAUCACUCGCCUUCAUUUUCUCAACAAGCUAAAUCGUGUUGUAGAUCACUUUUUCUUCUCAAAAUAUGGCACUAGAGAACCAUUUCUACUUCCAUAUUGUCGUCCCAAUGGUUUCACCGUCUCCUUCUAGGCAUCGUUCUUCUUCUUCACGAAGGUAUUUUUCCCCUUAAUUUUAACAUGAGUUUGCUCUCUAAUGUAAACUCCUUAUUAAGCGAUUUGUUGAUUUGCAUGUUGAUGUCUUUCAAAAAAUUUAUGUGGAGAAUAUCCAACUUUGCUCCUCCUUUUAAGCUCUCACCUAUGUACCAUCUCUUUUACAAGUCUUCAUCCUUCUAUUGUUACCAGACUGGUCUUCCUUGUGGUUGGUCGUUUGAUUGUUCUGCAUGUUCAAGUGAUUUUAUCUCGAUGGUUGGUAUGAUGUUCAAGCAUUUUGCCCUUGUGCGCUCCGUUCAUAUUCCAGGUUGAAACAAUUCAUGCGUGGUGCGGCGUGUUGUGCAUUGUAUGAUUGAAGCAAACGGUGAUUGAUGCCCUGAAAUGCGGAAUUGUCUACUUCUGACCAAACAAAGAUCUACAUGCUCUAUACACUUCUUAAUUUGAGGUUCUCUCAUGAAUCUUUUACUAUUAGAUUUUCAAACCGCCCAUUGUUAGAUAAUAUUAUUAUAUUAUAUUAUAUAUUAGUAAGGGUAGUUUAGUCUUUUUCUAUUAUCUAGUAUUUAUACUCCAUUGUAAUCUUUA